ACAAGACGGGUAUUGGCCAUACCAUAUAUUUUUUUUGGAUGCUCACGGCACUUUAUUGAGAUGAUAUUAUGUAUCUUUGAGUUGAACUAUGAUAACAUAUACCUAGGUAGUCAAUAAUCAUAUAACCUCAGAAGUCAAAACUCAGAAGUCAGACCUCAGUCUGCGUGGAGCGUUCACAUUGCAUAGGCGUUAUGUUGGGAAAAUUACAUAUAAUAUUCGCUACAUUUGUGACUCUAUGCUUUAUAAAGGCUAGUGCAUACAAAGUGCCGCCAGCAAAGUUUGAAGCGGUGUACCCUCCAGGAUACUUUCGACUAUCUGUCAAGGAUGACGGGUACUCCCUCCUGCAGUUCCAUGCCAACAUUAAUAAAAAAAUAGGAGUGCUGGAGCCUGGCCGGAUCUUCCAAACUUUACAUAAGCCAAAGAAUGGGGACCCGUGGACCUUCCACGGCCAAGGCAUUAAAAUUAAACUUGGUGACACAUUUUACUACUGGUUAGUUGUUAUGAAGAAUGACCUGACUUAUAGGCAGGAGGGAGAAUGGACUAUUACUGAGUUCAUCAGCGAAGACGGGAGACCAGUGGAUCCAGCGAAUCUGCCAAAACCUGAACCUGACCCCAAACCGGACCCGUAUUCAUAUAUUUAUCAAUCUCCAAGCUGUCGAAAGUCGGAGACAGAAGUCCUUGGUCUAAGCUCAGUGUGCCAAGGUGCUCACAUCUUCAGUGAGGACUUUAGCAAACAAAAAUUGAAUGAUUUGAACCAGUGGGAUGCUGAGUACAAGUUUCCUCGAGGUCCAGAUUACCCGUUCAACGCAUAUGUGAAGGACACAAUAAAAGUAGAGGAUGGUAACCUAAAGAUAAAACCUGAACUAACUGAUUCGCGCUUUGGAGAUGUUUAUAUAGGUGGUGAAUGGGACUUGACCAGCUCGUGCACAGGCCAGGUGGGCUCAGAAGAGUGUUACUUGCAGUCGUCUGGCGCCAACAUCCUGCCGCCAGUCACCAGUGGCAAGAUCACCACGCGCAAUCGGUUUAGCUUCAAGUACGGCAGGAUAGACGUGAGAGCCAAACUGCCUGCUGGGAACUGGCUUAUACCAGAAAUCAACCUCGAACCUCGCGACACCGUCUACGGCAAACAACGUUAUGAGUCGGGCCUCAUCCGUGUAGCCUUUGUGCGAGGAAAUCCGCUCUUUAGCAACAAGUUAUACAGCGGGCCAGUCCUCUCCGAUGCCGAGCCUUACAGAUCCUACCAUCUCAAAGAAAAUCGCAGCAUCGAGAACUGGAAUAAGGACUUCCAUGACUUCACUUUGGUUUGGAAACCAACCAGCAUCGAAGUCUUCGUGGAUUCAGUUAGCUACGGGACUGUGAAACCCGGCGAAGGUUUCUACUACACAGCCAAGCAGUAUGAUGUACCCUACGCUUCUAACUGGUUGAAAGGAUCCCACAUUGCACCGUUUGACCAACUGUUCUACAUCUCCCUCGGAGUGCGCGCAGGUGGGAUCAACGACUUUGCGGACAGCCCUGACAAGCCGUGGAGCAAUGGAGCCAGCAAGGCAGUGUACAGGUUCUACCAGCAGCAGGACUCCUGGUUCCGGACCUGGACUUCACCAGAGCUGAUUGUUGACUCCAUCGACGUUUAUGCAAUAUGAUUUAUCUCAAGUUUUUCUGAAUAAACUGAUUU